UGAAGCUGAUACUGGAGAUAUCAACCUGACCCUAAAGGAACAGGAGCAAAAGUGGACAGAUAUUGCACUCUCAACACUUAGUGAGCACCAAUAAACCAACAAUUUUAAAUUUAAAUCCUUUUACAAAUAAAUAUUAACAUGGAAUUGCCAAGUGUUGGCCAACAGUGUGAGGAUCCAACAUGCAAACAAUUAGAUUUUCUGCCUCUCAAAUGCAAAUGCAACAAAGUCUUCUGUUCCGAGCAUUAUGCACUACAUAUUCAAGAAUGUGCUACAAUGAAAGAACAUUUUAAGGUAGCAAAUCUUGAUAAAAAAUCAGGUAUGUGGAUCUGUUCCCAUCCUGAUUGUAUGGAAAAGAGCCUGGUACCUCUAAUUUGUGAAAAAUGUCAUCAACACUUUUGUGUAGCACAUAGACAUGUUACUGAGUGUUACAAAGAAGAUCCUUCAAUUAAACAAGCAGCAAUAGCCAAGAUGCAAGUACCAAUUGCAGAAUUUAAUGCAGCAAAAGCUAAAGUGGAUCAGAAGUUAGAUGAAAAUUUGGAAGCUGCAACUAAAAAGGGUGCAACAAAUAAAAAGAAGAGUGAAAUGGCCAUGAAAGUACAACUUAUGCGCGUCAAGAACAAAGCGACUGGCCUUAAAAGCAUCCCAACUGCUGACAGAAUUUAUUUCAAUGUAACCACACCAAAACAAUUAGGUGAAGCAAAAAAAGCUGUGUUUGUCUCAAAAACUUGGUCAGUUGGCCGCGCAAUUGAUGCGAUUGCAGAUGAGUGCAAAGUGCCGAAUCGAAACAACGUUGCAAAUGCAGAAAAACUACGUUUGUUCACCGAUAUACAGAAUGAUUCAGACUAUAUACAAGAUUUGAGUAAAAUUUUGAAUAAUUUAGUGCAUGACAAUCUAUUGGUUGAUGGACAAAAUUUAAAACUUGAGUAUGUACAACCAUAAUUAACAGUAAAAUCAAUGUAUAUCAAUUUUAUAACAGAAAAAUAAAAAAAAUUCAACUUA